CUGACGCGGCCGGCAUCUCCUCCCCGGGCAGCGGUGAAGUUCGGCCGCAUGUCGAAGAAGCAGCGGGACAGCCUCUACGCCGAGGUGCAGAAGCACCAGCAGAGCCAGGAGCAGAGCGGCGGCACCAAGGAUGAGCCCGAGCCCCUGAGCCGCGUCUACACCACCAGCGUCAGCAGCGGGCUCUCGGACCUGGACGACAUCUCCACGCUGUCGGACGGGCUCCUCUUCGACUUCCCCCACCGGGUGGCCCAGAACGUGGUGAAGUCGCACCUGGAGACAUGCCAGUACACGACAGAGGAGCUCAAGCGCCUGGCGUGGAGCCUCUACUCCCCCGAGGAGGUCCGCGCCUUGCAGAGCAAGAGCUGCGAGGCCAUGUGGCAGCAGUGCUCGCUGCAGAUCUCCAACGCCAUCCAGUACGUGGUGGAGUUUGCCAAGCGCAUCGACGGCUUCAUGGAGCUCUGCCAGAACGACCAAAUCAUCCUCCUGAAAGCCGGUUGCCUCGAGGUGCUCCUAAUCCGCAUGAUCCGUGCAUUCAACCCCUUGAACAACACCGUCCUCUUCGAGGGGAAGUUUGGCGGCGUGCAGAUGUUCAAGUCGCUCGGCUGCGAUGACCUCAUCGGCGCCGUCUUCGAGCUGGGGAGGACCCUGUGCCGCCUGCAGCUGUCGGACGAGGAGCUCGCCCUCUUCACUGCCGCUGUCCUGCUCUCCCCGGAUCGCCCGUGGCUGACAGAGUCCAAGAAGGUGCAGAAGCUCCAGGACAAGAUCUACGUGGCCCUGCAGCACGAGAUCCAGAAGAAACACUCCGCCGAGGACAAGCUCUCGAAGAUGGUUUCCAAGCUGCCCUUGAUGAAGACCAUUUGCAACCUGCACUUGGACAAGCUGGAAUUUUUCCGUCUCCUGCACCCAGAGACCGCCAUGAACUUCCCACCCCUCUAUAAGGAGGUUUUCAACUCAGAGCUUCAGUACAGCAACCCACGGGAGAGCUAA